AUGGGAAAGUUUAGUUUGUGUAGUGUCUUUGUGUUUCUGAUGGCGAAAGCAGUGGACACACAAACAACAAAUCAUCAGGAUUUGAUGUGGAACAUCAUCCCUGACAUGUCAUUAAACGAGAAAGAUCGAUCAGUCUUGAGAAAUAUAUCGGCGUCUCUUGGUAUGGAACCUAUUCAAGAACCUUUUGCAAUGCAAUCGAAUGCUUGUGGAUUCGCAGGAAGUACUCAGGCGAGGACGUCUACACAACGUCCUAGGAUAAGCCAAUACCCGCCGUCUGGAAAAUUUCUAGUUGUGUCACGUAACAUGGAUGGUUACAUUGACCUAUUUGCCAAGAUUCACGCCGAAGCUUCAGAUAAACACCACAGUGGCGCUUCCUUUCUACCAUGGCAUAGAGUUUAUAUAACCAUGUUUGAAGAAGUAUUGCGAAUGUACGACCGUUCAGUGUUCCUUCCGUACUGGGCAAGCACGUUCGAUGACGCCAUGAGCAAUCCUGUUAAUUCUAUACUUUGGACUGAUUCAUACUUUGGUAACGGAGAAGGGAUAGUAACAAGUGGUCCGGCAGCGUAUUGGGUGACAGGACAAGGGGGGUUAGAGAGGAAUUAUGGCAGAGGCAGUACACUUUUCAAGAAGGAUCAGAUUCAGCAAGUCUUGUCUCAGUGCUAUUUAGCUAACAUAUCAAGACCUUCGGCUCCACCUGUCUAUGACCUGGAGGGUUACCACGGCGGUCCACAUGUUUGGGUGGGUGGAGAUAUGAGCGCUUUUAUUACAACUGGCUAUGACCCUGUAUUUUAUAUGCAUCAUGCUUAUGUUGACUAUAUUUGGGAACAAUUUCGACGCAGACAAAGAUAUAUAUGCAGAGUAGAACCGACAAGAGAUUAUCCUGAAGUUCCUGUUGACAAUAGCAAUCACCCAGAUGCUUCAAUGACAGGCUUUGAAUGGUACAUCAAUAGGGAUGGAAUCGGACCACAAUGGAUCAAUAACUGGUUUAAUUAUGACCCAGAACCAAGUUGUCCUGACUGCUGUCCUAACUGCCCCUCUCCAGCGCCUCUUUACUGCGAUAGUGUUAAAAACACGUGCGUAUCUCGAUCAAAAAUACUAGACAGUAGUGGUCAAUUAAGUGGGGGCUUUGCAGGUGCAAUGGCGAUAAGCUCAGCAAGAAUGGGAUCUGGACAGCAAGAGCGUCCUCCUAGGAACAGAGGUAGAGAAUUUGACGCACCACCGAGUGAUGGUAGAACUGCGGCAACAGCUUUACAGGACGCUAUGGUCGCAGCUCCAGCAACGCUUCAACAACAAUUUCGAACAUUUCUGUAG